UUUAUCAAAGUUUGUUUCUCUCUCUUAUCUUAUUUUUCGAACUCUGUUUCUCUCUCUGUCUCUCUAAUUUGCAAACUCAAAACGUCGGCGAGUCACCGCAAAGGCGAGUCGGAGCUACGAAAACUGAGUUGGAUCAAUCUCAAAGUGUUCGAAUUGGCGACCGAGACGUCUCUCUCCGCGGAUUGAAAGUUCGUCAUUCUGUUGUUAAUUCGUAUAAUUUUAUACUAUUUUCUUUCAAUUGAUCGUGUUUUGAGUGGCUCUAUUUUUUUUUAUAAAUUAGUUCUUUUUCAGGUAAUGAAAUUAUCGAUUUUUAUUUUUAUUUUUGUGUUCGUUAGAUUUUGUUUGGUUUCUGAGAAAAUUCAGCUGAGGAGAGAGAAACUGAUUUGAAAUCUUACAUUUUCUGGUCUAGUUGCCUAGAUAACGAAAUUUAAAGUUUCUUUUUCUCUGGAACGAUUACACGGAGAAUAUAAGGUUUCAAAGCUCUGGAUUCCUUUUUCCCUUUAACGCUAGGUUUCUCAGUGGCCAAACAGUACACUAGGGUCAAAUUGAUGAAAUUGGAUAAUUUAGAGUGUCAUUGUUUCCUUCUGUGCCUGCGUGUGUGAAAGUGAAUUUUGGUUGAGCUAUGAUUGUGUAUGAAAUUGAAUUGCAAUGCGUGGAUUGCUGUGGAUGUUAUUUUUGGUUGAAGUAACUGUGAGAAUUUCGCAUUCAAUCUGUAUCUUAAUUUUUCCGGUCAUUUACCAUUCAAAGUUUUUUCUGCUAGAUUACGGCUGAUUUAUGCUCCAUUCAAAGAUUUUUCUGCUAGAUUAUGGUUGUUUAAUUUCAAUUAGUGUGGUGAUAUGAUUGUCUUGGUGCAUUUUCUGUGUUAAUUAUAUACUGUUACAUUUUUGAAUGUCUAGUUUAUGUUUACAUGUUGUAUGAUAUUUAAAUCUACGCGGGAACGCGAGUUAUAUCAUGUGUUUGACGCGUGUGGUGAUUUCCUGUUUCAGUAGAUUUUUUUUUUUUUUUUUGGUUUGUCAUUGCGUGAUACGCUGUUGUUUGCAGUUGAUAUUUUAUGUGGCAAAUAUCAUUUGUAGUUUUGCGAGCAUAUUAGGAACUUCUUCGAUUAUGUGCAUUCUGGUUGGAAGUCAAUAAAGCAGUUCCUUAGUAGGGUUGAUAUUGCUCCAGUAAUCUUUCUAGGAAAAACAUCCAGCGUUUCAUUUGACUUUGAUUUCGUUAAAUUAAAUAUUAUUAAGCAGAUAUGGUAGUCGAAAUUAUGUCUGUUUUCGGUGUAUUGAAUUCUUUAUUAAUGGAGAAACCGACACCGCAGCUGAAAUGGUCUUCCUUGAAGGUGUUAUGAAAUAAUUACGUUGCAUCAUGAUAGUAUUGUGUUUGGAAACAACAACUCAUCAUUCAAUGGGGGUAUUAUUAGGAUUGAUUUAAUUAACAAAGAGAGAACCUUUAUAAUGGCAAUGGCAUAGGGAAUUUAGAAACACACCCUAAUUGCAUGUGUUUUUUUUCAUUUUCUUGCUAAUAUGUCUCAAUAUUUUGAAUCUCUAAUUAAGAGGAGGAGGAAGAAAUGGGGGAAGGAAGUAAACUCCAAAUAUGAUCAGAACAAACAUGGCAUCAAGUAGUGGAAAAAAUAACUUUGGAAGUCGGGGUAAAAUGGCUUUUUUUUAUUUGGAAGUAGCUUUAUGGACACAUAAAGAGUCACUGCAAAUAUAAAUUGAACGAAAAUGAAUUCUUGAAGCAACUUACUGACUUAGGAAGCUGGGGGUGAAAAAGCUUUUUGUUUUGGUAGUGUCUUUAUGGACACAAAAUUAGGUACCGGAAAAAAUAUACAUUUUUGUUUUGGUAGUGUCUUUAUGGACAAAAAAUUAUGUACUGGAAAAAGAAACACCACUACUCAAUAACUCAGCGUUUCUGUAACUUUGCUCAAUAUAUCUUGUGAUAUUUACAAAUUCUUUAUGAACGUUUGAGGCAUUUUGGAUUGUAAGUGAGGCUAACGGCUACUACAGCUGUUCAUGCUAAUGGCAGUGAAAAAGUAAAUUGAGAGGAAUAGCAUAAACAACUAUUCUAUUUCUAGUAUGCUAUCUUGUGUUGACUGUCUAAAUAAAAGCCGGCUAAUAAAGAGCCACUUCUUUUAUGCCCCGUGGUCUGUGCUCGGUCUUUCCAUCUUCUUCUCUUACCAAGUAUAAGUGUUUGGGUGUGGGGCUAAGGCCGGGAUUUAAGUCUCUAGGGAAGUGCUUUACACAAAUAUACACUUAGGUUACUAGGUAGAAUUCCUAUCUUGUAUUAAAAAAAAAAAAAAAAAACUUCUCCUUCUGUGUACCCUCCAAAAAGAAAAAUCAUGCUGGACAAACAAACAGCAUUUGUUAGGUUCCACUAUCUCUGCUAUUCAAUAGGAACCCUUCACACUUUCAUAAACUCUAGAGCGGGCCACUAUAAAGUGUAAACAUACCUGGGAAAUGGGCAAUUAACUGCAUCACCUCUUUUAGUGGUCCUUAGUUUCAUUGCUCCACCCUUACCAAAAUAGCAUUAGGCCUCUCUGUCCCCUUUCUAAAUCUUAAACUGUUAUUGAAACCUAUCAAUUUUACAAUCCAUGUCAGUAGAGAGAGAUGAUGCUCCACUAAUCUGGGUAAGGAUUGUAUCUUCUUGGAUAUGAGGAUUGAGGAGCCUCAGUCUUGGAGGAUACUGAUAUCUUCUGGCAAUCAGACCUUAAACCUAUGACAAUUGUUGUGGUUCAAGACUCAAUUAAUUAGAUAAUGGGAGGAUUUUUUAAGACACAGAUGAACUGAAUUGUGACUAGGGAGAAGCCUCUCAAGUCCUUUAACAUAAGGUUUUAAGAUUGUGGUAAGUACAGUUCUCAAUGGAGACUUGGUUCAGAUAUGCCAAUUGAGGUAGGCUUGUCCUUGUCGGACACUCAAAAUGACACUUUUCUUCAAUCUCACUUACCCUUCAAUUUCUUUUUUGCUUUCUGGAGCGCAUUUGAUUGUGUGAUGUAUUGCUUUUACCUUAGGUUGGGGCAUCUAUUGGUCGUAUCCAGUAUAGUGGAUUUGGUUCCAAUCAAGAAGUGAUCAUGCCAAGCUAUUCGUUUCUAUAAAGUAUACACAGAUGGAGGCUCUGGAGUUCCGUUAUAUGGGACUCUUAUAGAUCUACUUGUUUUGAUGAAUCCUUGUCUUGGAGUAUUGCUGAUUGGAGCACUUCAACCUUACUUGGAUUAUGUUGUUGCUGAUUUCCAUUGGUCUGCAGCUGUGUAGAAGAAAUCAACAGUAGCAUGCGGUGUUUGCCUGGCAUGGUGCUUUAGGCUUAUUGCAAGAUUCUAGAUAAUUUAUGAUUCUAUCCAAAGUAUCCAAUGGGGGAACUGGCUAUGGCAAUUAAUCAUUCUGAGUCUCAACAAUUUGCGCUUCAAGACAUACAACAUAUAGCCUUCAAAGGGAAGGAAAUGGAAGCUGUCUACUCUGAACAGUCAAAUCAGGAUUGCACGAUUGCAGAAGAAUCAUCAGAUUCUACAAGAACUGCUGAAGUAUUUGAGAAAGGACUUAUGCAAUAUGGAUGUUCACAUUAUCGGCGAAGGUGCCGCAUUAGAGCUCCUUGUUGCAAUGAGAUAUUUGAUUGUCGUCAUUGUCAUAAUGAGGCAAAGAAUAGCAUUAAUGUUGAUCAAAAGCAUAGACAUGACAUUCCACGCCAUCAAGUCAAACAGGUGAUAUGUUCACUAUGUGGCACCGAACAAGAGGUUCAGCAAGUAUGUAUUAAUUGUGGUGUCUGUAUGGGGAAAUACUUCUGCGAGACUUGCAAGUUGUUUGAUGAUGAUACAUCCAAGAAACAGUAUCAUUGCAAUGGCUGUGGAAUUUGCAGAAUUGGAGGGCGUGAGAACUUCUUCCACUGCUCCAAGUGUGGUUGUUGCUACUCAAUUAUGUUGAAGAACAGCCACCCAUGUGUAGAAGGAGCUAUGCAUCAUGACUGCCCUGUUUGCUUUGAGUAUUUAUUCGAGUCAAGAAAUGAUGUGACUGUUUUGCCAUGUGGUCACACUAUUCACAAAUACUGCUUGAAGGAAAUGCGGGAUCAUCUUCAGUUUGCUUGCCCUCUUUGCUCAAAGUCUGUUUGUGAUAUGUCCAAGGUAUGGGAGAAAAUUGACAUGGAAAUUGCAUCUACACCUAUGCCGGAACCUUACCAAAAUAAAAUGGUUUGGAUCCUUUGCAAUGACUGUGGUAAAAAAUCGAAGGUACAGUUCCAUGUUGUGGCUCAGAAAUGCUUGAACUGCAAAUCUUAUAACACGCGCCAAACACGGGGCUGAGCAAGUGGCUAUGGCUAGACCGUUACAAUGAAACUGGCAAUGGCAAUGACAACUGCAAGUGUACUCAAAUCGAAUGCUUACAGGGAUUUCCCUUCACUGUUUCAAUUACCUGAGUCAUAUUCAUGGAUAGAGGGAAUUGUGGUCCUCCCUUGCUGGGAAUCUCUCACAAUCGAUCCUGUCCUGCAGCUUCUCCACCAGAAGGAUCCCUCAUGAUCCACAUGCAUGUUAUCCUAUGCAUUUGUAAACAACCCCAACAACCCCCCCCCCCCCCCCCCCCCCCCCCCCCCCCCAAACGAUAUUGUUCUCUUGUAUUUAAAGAAUGCCAUCUAUGCUUUUAUUGCCAUCUACUUUCUUGUUUCCCUGCACUGGUAUGGUGCAGACUGCUCGCCUAAAUAAUUAUCAAAUAUUAUCAAAAUUUUACUUA